UACUGCAGCUGCUGCAGCCGCCGGCGCCGCUGGUCGCACCACCGCCGCCGCUGCCCGCGCCGGGUGAGUAUUCUCCCAUGGGUCAGCCAUGACCAUGACAGAAGCAGGUGCCGAGCCCUCUAACGCCGAUGGCGUCUGCUCGCUGUUGCAGGCGCUCGCAUCGCCGGAGCUGCCGCCCGCCAGCCCGCACCGCGCCGCUGCCGCCCCGACCUCCUCCGAAUCUCGAUCAGUGAUCGUGUUCUGCUUUCUGUUUCAGGCUAGAUAUAAGUUAGGUUUUCGGUUCACGUUUAGCGCACCCCGGCGCUGACGCACGCCGUCGGCGGAGUCGCAGCCGGCCUCAGCACAAUGUACCGCACCCGCACCACCCGCCGGCGACUUCAUUACCGCGCCCAUCUACGACUUGCAGCAAGUGGGCGACGUAUACACAGGGCCGGGCGCCAAAUGCUCAACGCUGCCGGCCAUCCUGGGCGGCACAAUGCCCCGACUGUCAACAGAACAAGCGGACGCCGUCACGCGCGCCAAGAAGUACGCCAUGGAACAGAGCAUCAAGAUGGUUCUCAUGAAGCAGACGUUGGCACACCAGCAACAGCAGAUGGCUACUCAACGCACUCAGGUGCAGCGCCAGCAGGCGCUUGCGCUCAUGUGCAGGGUGUAUGUGGGCUCGAUAUCAUUCGAGCUGAAAGAAGACACGAUCAGGCAGGCAUUUCUGCCAUUUGGGCCCAUCAAGUCCAUUAACAUGUCGUGGGACCCGGUGACGCAAAAGCAUAAAGGCUUCGCGUUCGUCGAGUACGAGAUCCCCGAGGCAGCACAACUUUCGCUCGAGCAGAUGAAUGGCGUCAUGCUUGGCGGCAGGAACAUUAAAGUGGUGGGAAGGCCUUCAAAUAUGCCCCAAGCGCAAGCCGUUAUCGACGAGAUCCAAGAAGAAGCCAAACAGUAUAAUCGCAUCUACGUCGCUUCCAUCCACCCUGAGCUCACCGAAGACGACAUUAAGAACGUGUUCGAGGCGUUUGGGCCGAUCACUUACUGCAAGUUGGCGUACGGUUCGUCUGCGCACAAGCACAAAGGCUACGGCUUCAUUGAGUACGCCACUCUGCCCGCCGCACUGGAAGCCAUCGCAUCCAUGAAUCUGUUCGACCUGGGCGGGCAGUAUCUACGCGUGGGCCGCGCCAUUACGCCUCCCAACGCACUAGCCGGCCCGCCGGCCCCGCAGGCCAUGCCCACAGCCGCCGCAGUGGCUGCCGCUGCCGCCACCGCCAAGAUACAGGCCAUGGACGCGGUGGCACAAAACGCGGUGACGCUGGGCUUGACCAAGCUGAAUGCGCUAGGCGUGCCGCCGGCUGCGGCACUGCCUACACUGGCGGCCGCGCUGCCUUCGGCUAUCCCCGCGGCGUUGCCUGUGACACUUCCAGUGACGUUGCCCGCGGCUCUACCUGCGCUUCCCGCAGUGUUACCCGGCGUGGCCACUAUUCCGGUGGCGCUGCCCACCGCCCUAGGCGCCAACAUCCCUCCGCCGGGCGUGGUCAUCCCUCCGCCGCCAAUGACCGCGCGGCUGCACCACCACAAAAACGAGGCGCCUCCGCCGCCGCCCGCGCCCCUGCCGCCUCUGCCCCCGGGCGGGGCCAGCGCGGGCGAGGGUCAGCAGGCGGCGCUGCAACGCAAGCUGCUGGAGUCGUCGCCCGACACACUGCAGCAGCAGGAGUCCAUAUCCAUCUCGGGCCAGUCGGCGCGGCACCUGGUGAUGCAGCGCCUCAUGCGGCGGCGCGAGUCGCGCACGCUGCUGCUGGCCAACAUGGUCUCGGCCGACGAAGUGGACGACGCUCUGCACCACGAGAUCCAGGAGGAGUGCAGCAAGUGGGGCGUCGUCGAGCGGCUCGUCAUAUACAACGAACGUCAGACCGAAGACGAUGACCCGGCGCACGCGCAAGUCAAGAUCUUUGUGCAAUUCGCGGAGCCCGCCGAGGCGCGUGCAGCGGCAGGCGCUCUCAACGGACGCUACUUCGGCGGCCGCACAGUGCGCGCGCAGCUCUACGACCAAGAUCUCUUCGACCACGAGGACCUCUCCGGCUAGCGCCGCUCUCAGCCACGCCUUCACAGCGCCCACACUCGUUCGUCGCUCAUAUAGCGCAUGUUGCCUGAUAUGAUCCGCGGGAGUACACUCAAGCUGAGACGAAUCAAAUACCUGCGGUACUAGGCUGCGCUGACUUUAUCCAUUGUGAUACAUAAAAUAAUAUCUUAAAUCGAUAGCGGCGCAUAAGCUCGUAUGUAUUGUAACAUAUAUUUUUAUUUACCACGGUGAGCCGCUGGUCUUAGCGCGCCGAUGAUGACUAUUGUGACGAAUGUUUACGACGAAAUUAAUCAUUAGGGAUGUAACUAAAUAAGGACAUUUGUAAUUUAAGUUAGCUUAAUACUUAAUUUAAUUUGAAUGAAGCUGAAGAUGAAAUGAAGUAAAUUGUUAUGCGACUAAUUUUCGUUUCAUUACC